GAUGUCAGUUUACUUUGUAUUCUUAAAUUCUUUAUUUUAUCGUAUCGUUUAUUUUUGUCUUUUGAGUGUUCGUUACUGCAAAUUAUCCAUUUCAAUUUAUAAAUUUCAAAUGAAGUCCUUAUAGUAUAGGGUUUUUACAAACGCAUUGUGCCAGAUUGUUUGUCUCAAAAUAUUAUGUUAUCUAAAGAAAAUUAUGUUUAUAUGAUUAACAGUUUUAAGAAUGGAGGAAAAAGUGGAUAAACUGCCAAAAAAUCUUGAAAAACCCAUUAAUAGCCAACAAAAGCGUUUACGAUGUAUGAAUUGGCUACAGAAACAAAACAGUUUAGAACCGAAGAAAUUAUGUCAGCAGAAUAAGAACGAUAUUCAGUUUAUAAUACAAACUAACGCAGACAGAAAAAACUUUUUACUCUCUGUGGCUGAAGAUGAAGCUACAGUUCCACCAGGAGUUGAUGAAUCCCCUGUUGAGCCCAAGAAUGUGCCAUUACAUCGGUUACGUAUUGACAAGCUGCGGAUGGAAUGUGAAUGGCAAACAUGUCAAUGGCGCUCUUCUAAGUAUGAAAUAUUUCAGAAGCAUGUCAAAGAUCACAUAUCCGAGGUACAUGUCAUUGAAAAGGAUGAAGGCGCUGAAUAUGUUUGUCUAUGGGAUGUAUGCGGUCACAAAACAUCAGAUUUUGAUGAAAUGGUCCGACAUAUAAACUAUCAUGCUUAUCAUGCUCGUUUGCUGGCCAUCGGGUUUAAUGCUCGAGCUACACUGAAAUUAUUGAGAUGUAAUAAGGAUUCCAUAAAGAGAAACCAGUUGCCAGCAUUGCCCAGUAUACAUCGCUGUAUGUGGGUUGAUUGCAGUCUCACUUUUAAUGCCAUUCAGGACUUCUUCGACCAUGUUAAACUGCAUGUCAGUUAUUCUGAGAUGUCAUGCUCAUGGGCAGGGUGUGGUGCCAAGUUCCCUCGUAGGGUGCUCCUCCAAAUGCACGUGCGGUCACAUUCGGGAGAACGGCUCAUAGCUUGCUACCAUUGUGGACAACAUUUCGCUUCCAACAGAAAAUUAUGCGACCAUUUGAGAAGACAGAACGUAUACCCUAACUCGGAUCACCGGUGCUCGGCGUGCGGCGUGUUGUGUGCAACGGACUACUUGCUGCGUGAGCACGCGCGGCAACAUAUCUCUGCGUACGCGUGUACGCUGUGUGACAUGUCGGCGCCAUCACCCGCCGCACUCGCACAUCACGUACGCUACCGCCAUCUACGUGGAGAAGGAGCGAGGGCGCACGCCUGUCCCCACUGCCCAUACAGAGCGGUAACAAAAUGGGACCUAAAUAAACAUAUACCAACACACACUCGAAAGAAACGGAAACGGCCUAAAUCGAAAAAGUCCUCCGAAAUUGAUAAGUCUUCAGACGUUGAUAGUGAUAAGGGUCAAUCGGAUGACGAGAACUCGGAUUUGGAAGUACAAAAGAAGGAUAAACCGAAGAAGAAAUAUGCAUGUCAUAUGUGUCCAGAGAAGAAUAUGAAGAUAUUCUCCAGAGGGACAAGACUGACUACACAUUUGGUUAAUAUUCACGGCGCACAGUGGCCAUUUGGACAUAGUCGAUUUAGGUAUCAAAUUAGUGAAGAUGGCAUGUACAGGCUAACUACAACACGAUAUGAGUUUCUGGAAGUUUCUAAGAAAAUUGUAGACGGCUACAGCGGGCCUAAAGAAUCCCUGAAUAACGAAUUCGAGUACGACUUGAAACAAGUCUCCGAAGCUACGGAAAAUACGCCUAAAAGAUUCGAAAUAGUUCUGAAGAACAGUAACGGAGAAGAAGGCGAAGUAAAUGAGGAAUCAGAUGACAAAACGGCGAAUGACAGUGAUGAAAUUAAUAAAAUGGCAGUCGAAAUAACAAUGUGCGAUGUAGAUGAAGAUGGAAAUAUAAUAAGUUCAGAGGUUAUUAAUUCACACGAAAUAUAAUGGGCGGUAUUGAUCUGCCGUUUCAUAGUAACGGAGCUGGUGGUUGAUUGAUCAAUCAGGGGAUUACUUAGCGCUAGUUAGUUGCUUACAGAUAUCAUUUGUAACAGAUUAAAAAAGAAGUUCUUCAAUUAUGUAUAGGCCAUUUACCGACUGUAUCCUUGCAUGAGGUUUUCACUGAUGUAUUCUUAACAAGUUUACAACCAGGUAACCUAAAUUAAAAUAAUACGUGUAUCAAUUCGCGAGUACAGUCAGUAUUUAUAUUUAUAUAUUAUAUAGCCACUCAUUACUGUUUAUAAAAUGUUAUGAGACUUUAUUCUAUGGGUGCAGCAAUAAUUAUAAUAAAAUGGUGCGGUGGUUUAUUUACUAUUAAUAUAUAUAUAUAUAUAUUUUGUAUAUGGCAAUUAAUGUUUUCGAUGUUUUACACUAAAUAAAAGCAUGUCUUUAUUUAUGGAACCGUAAAAUGUAAUUUACCUAUAAUAGCUAUUGUUUUUUUAAUGAUAAUAAAACAAUAAAUAAUAUACGUUUGUACGAGUAUUACGUUAUUAUAAAUAAGGCAAAAUCAACAUUGUUGUGUUGAAUGUAUUUUAAAAGUGAUAUUUUAUUGUGUUAAAGGCAGAUUUUAAUCAUGGCUGGGAAUAAAUAAGGAUUCUUGUACUGAAAUCAUGAGUAAUGGUCAUGGGAAAUGAUAUAUAUAUGAUAUUAUAUUUUUAGUUACGCGAUCUCGUUUACUUAAAAAAGUAAUAAUGUUAUACUUUUGUUGUACAUAGUAAUUGUAUUGAUAUCUUUGGCAGCAUGUUUAUUUGUAACUUGUAUUAUCGUAUUUUGUAAAAUUAAUUAAGUGAGAAACAAAAUGUCAUCGAGUGUCUUUUACUUUUUCGAUAGACGACGAUAUUAGAAACAGUUGAUGUAAAAAGUCGUUUGCCUGGGUACAUCUGUCUUUUCUUUUAAUGUAUGAUAAUUGCACAAAUAGUGCACC